AGAGUCGGUUCACCCAAGCACCGGCCCGUAAGCGCGCUCGUGGGGAAAGUGGGCGCGAGCGUGCCGGAGGAGUUCGCUCGCGCCGCGGCUCAGGAAGGAACUUCGACGCUUAACUGCCCAGCAAGACCGAUGAAUGCCAAACUGGUCAUUUUCUUAAGCCCUAGCCCACGAAACACCUGGAAUAUCUCGUCAGCUGAUUCCAUAUCAACCCAACACACAUUACCAUGCUCCACUCCUCCUGCUAUUGACCUUUGACCUCUGACAGCAAUGGCAGACCGCUCAGUGGCUCCAGGUCAGACGUACAUAGAGGUGGAGUAUGACUACGAUUACAAAUCCAAAGACCGUUUGAUCACCAUUAAACAGGGGGAACGUUACCUGCUUUUGAAGAAGACCAACGAAGACUGGUGGCAGGUGCGCAAGGAUGAGGCCAGUAAACCCUUCUAUGUCCCAGCGCAGUAUGUGCGGGAGGUGCGACGUGCUCUCAUGCCCCCUCCCAAACCCCUCAAUGCAGCAGGACGAGGGGAGACCGGACCCAUUCGACCAUCUGGCCUGGAGAUUCAGCGGCCAGAUGACAACAAGAAGAGCCCGUGUCCCUCGCCCUCUGGCAUUGCUUUACUGCCGCCUAGGGAUGACAGAGGCAGCCCGGGCAGCCCGACGGCGCUCAUGCCCCCCAUACAAAUGAACACUUCACCUGGCUCACUUCCUCGUUCAAGAGCCGAGUCCCCAAGUCACAAAGGAGAUGGAGAGAAAGAUAAAGAGUUCGAGAAGAGCAGUCGAGGACUGGAAAAAGAUGCAAUACAUGAAGAGUUUGCCAGAGAGGGAGGCGGCUUGGAUAAGAACCGAAAUGAUUCAGAAUCCGGGGAUGAUCUCAGCAGUGGUUCAACAGAUAACCUACAGAUUUUAGGUUCAGGGCAGGGCAGGCCUGACUCUCCUGUCUACACAAACCUACAGGACCUGAAGAUCUCUCAGUCCUCCACUCCUCCACUGCCGUCCUCCUCUCCGCUCCACACCAAUGGCGACUGGGAGACUCACAAAGACCAGAAUGGAAGACACUUCUACUACAACCGCAGCACGCAGGAAAAGACCUGGAAACCCCCACGGGCACGGGACAGCCUCACCAGGAAAGAGGAGAAACGAGACAUGACUGACACUGAGGUUCUGUCAUCGGAGGAAAACUGUCUGAGCAGCCAAUCAGACAGCCAGUAUGGUUCGCCCCCUAGAGGCUGGUCUGAGGAAAUGGAUGAGCAUGGACACACUCUCUAUGUGUCUGACUAUACUAAUGAGAAGUGGUUGAGACACAAAGACGAGCGAGGCCGGCUGUAUUACUACAGUGCAGAUGGCUCCAGAUCUGAGUGGGAGCUUCCUAAAAUCGGUCUUAAAUCACAGUCUAACCACUCCACUCUGCUACCAGGAGAUGCGCACAAAACUCGUAGUCUUGACCGAAGAAUGCCCGAUUCCAUUCCUAUCAGGACGAGACACAGCGUAUAUUUGCACGAGUCCAAUGACAAGGACACCAAAACUGGCUCACCUGACUCAGACUCCUCCUGUCCCUCCUCUCCUAAACCCCCUCACUCUCCGUCAGAGAAAUGUGGCACUUUAAACAUGACUAAAAUCACUGAACAUGGAAAGAAGGUCAGGAAGAACUGGACCUCCUAUUGGACAGUUUUGCAGGGUUCUUCACUACUAUUUAAUAAGGGCCAAGGAGGCGGGACUGGUUGGUUUGGAAGAGACCAGAAGCUGGAGUUUAGUGUGGAACUCAAAGGAGGUUCAGUGGACUGGGCAACUAAAGACAAAUCCAGCAAGAAAAAUGUUCUAGAGUUGAAGACUCGACACGGCAUGGAGCUCCUCUUGCAGUCUGAUAAUGACAGCCUCAUGAACGAGUGGCAAAAGGCUUUGACUGAAGCCAUACACACAUAUGCUUGGGAGUCUGAUGAGGCCAUUGAGGAAGACAUGCUGGAAUCUCCUGACACUGAGAAACAUGACAAAGAAAAAGAGCAAAGAAACUACAAGAAGAGCAGAGAUAUUAAGAAAUCAGUAAGCAUGGAUAAUGCAGAUCAGAAGAAGAAGACCAAGCUGAUGAAGCUCCUCACAGGCAGACCCACUUUACAGGCCGUCAAAGACAAGGGUUACAUUAAAGAUCAGGUGUUUGGCUCCAGUUUGAGCAGUCUUUGUCAGAGAGAAAGUACCACCGUCCCUCUCUUUGUCUCGAUGUGCAUUGAGCAGGUGGAGAAGAACGGGUUAGGAGUGGAUGGUUUGUACAGAGUCAGUGGAAAUUUGGCCAUUAUACAAAAACUGAGAUUUGCUGUUAAUCAGGAUGAAAAAGUGGAUUUAGAGGACAGUAAAUGGGAGGACAUUCACGUGACCACUGGAGCCCUGAAGAUGUUUUUCCGUGAGCUGCCAGAACCUCUAUUCCCCUACGCUUUCUUCAACAACUUCAUCUCCGCUAUCAAAAUGAUGGAUUAUAGGCAGAAAGUUCAGGCAUUUAAAGAUCUGAUGAAGCAACUGCCACGGCCAAACCAUGACACCAUACAGGCGCUCUUCAAGCACUUGAAAAAAGUUAUCCAACAUGUCGACGAAAACAGGAUGACCACGCAGAGUGUAGCUAUCGUGUUCGGCCCAACGCUUCUACGCCCAGAGGUAGAGACGUCAAAUAUGGCCGUGCACAUGGUCUAUCAGAAUCAGAUCGUUGAGCUUAUUCUUAUGGAAUAUGAGACCAUAUUCGGCAGGUAGGUCAACCCUUUGACCAAACCCAACGGGACACAGUUACUGCUGAAGACCGACAGCCCAUUGGCUUCCAGACUGAACACUGAACAUAAUGUUUGGUACAUUUACGCGAGAGGAAUACCCGUAUUAGGAAAAAAACAGCAUUCUGGGUUCAACAUCAACAGUCAAAUCCUUUCUCAAAUCUUUAUUGGACUAAAUUAUAGUCUCUUUUUUUUUCUUGGCUGGAUGUUGUAUUAUUUUUAUAUACCAAAAUUUAUUGGACCAUGUCAUUUUUGGACCAUCUUUGGAUUCAUUUGGAGCAACAAGGGCUUGAAAUAUGAAUGUUUUCUGUCUGACUGAAAACAGUGUUGCAUAUGGGAGAAAUCUGAUGCUUCGUUUUAGAUUUCCGUUCAUUACAAGUACUACAUUUUGCGUCA